GACCCCGCGGACAGCGGAAGUCCUUUUCCGGCCGUGUUCUUCACAUCCUCCCUUCAUCCCCUUCGACAGCGGUUCGUCUGCACUUCUACACGGCGCGCGCGCUGCUGGCAGUCUGCUUGAGCCCUGACGAAGCAGGCGCCGCUUGGGCCGGGUGUCGCGCGCAUGCGCGCGUUGCUGGGUAACCGGCCUUCUCCUGCGACGGCUCGGCCCCUCCUGCCUCGGCUGCCCGUCUUUCCAGAAUCUCCUGGGCCCGUGUCCAGGACAGGGCCGCGUCGGGCCUGGCACAGCCGAGGCAAAAGAAAUGGAAAUGUCUUUGCUGCGCUUUUGGAGCAGCUGCCUUCGCUGGGGAAGCGGUGGUGUCUUCGAGGAAACCGGAAGCCCGUGGUGACCCCUGGCGACCCUGUUUGUUUUCGGUCCUUUUCCAGACAUUGGGGAAUCGAAACUCAGCGGCCCUGGGGGCAGCUCUACGUAACCUGGCUUCGGGUUGUCAUGGAUGAACUGGUAGAAGAUGAUAUCUGCAUUCUGAAUCACGAAAAAGAUCAUGGAAGAGAUACAGUGACUCCAGUUUCAGUAUAUUCAGGAGAUGAGUCUGUUGCUUCACAUUUUGCCCUUGUCACUGCAUAUGAAGACAUAAAAAAACGACUUAAGGAUUCAGAAAAAGAGAACUCUUUCUUAAAAAAAAGAAUAAGAUUUUUGGAAGAAAAGCUUAUAGGAGCUCAGUUAGAUGAAGAAACAAGUUCUGUGGGACGAAAAGUAAAUAAGGCCUAUCAUGCAUAUCGAGAGGUCUGCAUUGAUAGAGAUAAUUUGAAGAUCAAAUUGGAUAAAAUCAAUAAAGACAACUCUGAAUCUUUGAAAGUUUUGAAUGAACAGCUACAAUCUAAAGAAGUAGAACUCCUCCAGCUAAGGACAGAAGUGGAAACUCAACAGGUGAUGAGGAAUUUAAAUCCCCUUUCAUCUAACUGGGAGGUGGAAAAGUUGAGCUGCGACGUGAAGAUCCAUGGAUUGCAACAAGAGCUGGAACUGAUGACGAAAGAACGUAAUGAUCUCAAAAUAGAGCUACAAAAAUCCAAACAAAUGGAUCUGUCUCAGGAAGACAAUCUGAAGAGCAUAGAUCUCCAAAGACUGAGCAUUUCAAGUGAUAACAUACAACAGGCAUACUGGGAACUGAAGAGAGAAAUGUCUAAUUUACAUCUGGUGACUCAAGUACAAGCUGAACUACUAAGAAAACUGAAAAUCCCAGCUGCAAUCAAGAAAGCCUAUGCCCCAGUAGGAUGUGUUGAAGACCUUGGAAAAGAUAACACAAAACUGCACUUGACAAAUUUUACUGCAACAUAUAAAAGACAUGCCUCUGUCUCACCGAAUGGCAAAGCUCUUUGUCAUACCACAUCUUCCCCUUUACCGGGAGACAUAAAAAUUUUAUCUGAGAAACCAGUUCUUCAAUCGUGGAUGGAUAAUGAGAGAUCCAUUACUAAUGAUGGUGUAAACUUUCAGGAACACAACUCUUAUGGCAGAAAUUCCCUGGAAGAUAAUUCUUGGGUAUUCCCAAGCCCUCCUAAAUCAAGUGAGACUGCAUUUGGGGAAACUAGAAGUAAAACUUUGCCUUUACCCAACUUGCCACCACUGCAUUACUUGGAUCAACAUAAUCAAAACUGUCUUUAUAAGAAUUAGUUCUGAAGAGAUUCAUGAGUUGGUCAUGAGGAUGGUGUAUCUCCUUCAGUGGUUCCACCAAGAAAUUUAGCAAACUGAAAGUGGAUUUUGAUUAAAAUUUGCAGUUCUUCAGUAUCUACAUUUGUACAUACUGUACCAUAAUAUGUAGCUGAUUUUCCUGUACUAAAGAAGAGCGCCUUCCAGCUCCAUAUUCUGGCUAAGAAAUCAGUACAUGCUAAUAAUUAAAACAACACUUAAGGUGUUUUAAAAAGACAGUUCUACGUUUGAUAACAAUCGUGAAUUUCUGCCUUUCAGAUAAAGAAUGGAAUUUACAAAACAUGUGAAAAUGCCUAAACACUUCCAUUCAUAAAGAUAAAAAAGGAGGCCAUUAAUAUAGGAUUAAAACCAUAUAAGUUGCUUCAGAUUCCAGAAAGGGGCAAAUGUACUGUGAAUAGGUUGUAUUUCUGUUGAUCUUAUGAUGCUUAAAGAUAUGAAAAAUACUACACAGUAUUGGUUACCCUAUCUUUAGAUACUCUUGUUUCAAAGUUUCAGAUUUAAAAUCACUCUUUAAUCACAAUAUUGUUGGUUAUUAAAAAUUUAGAUUAGCAAUUUGAACUCCAAGGCUUGAAAUAACCUGAUCAUUGAAGCCAACUUUGACUCAGUAUAUAUCCCUCAAGUUCUAAUUGGAGAAAAAAGAUGAAAUAGUUGUAAAUGUGUGAACAAACUACUAUAAUCCUAUAUAUCAUCCAAUUAGAAGUAGAAAGUGUCACAAAAGUUUCCAUCUAAUCUGUCCCUUCAGUUGUCCUCACCGAAAAUCUAAAUGUCUGUAUAUAAAACUGUAUACAGUAAUUGUCCUCAAAGGAACUAACUAGCUGCUUAUUAUGUAGAGCAGCUUAUAAACUGUUAGGCUUUGUUUUGAAAGGUACCAUUUUAUUCAUGGAUAAAGUUAUUUUUAAUUCAUUGAAUUGAGAAUUUUAAUUCUAGAAACUAAAUUUUGUGCUGUAUUGAAAUGUCCCAAAAGUCUUUCAUUCUAAAUGGCCUAUCCUCUAAAUAUAAGUAAAGAAAUAACAAAGAUGACUUCAUGUGGAAAUUCUUGGGGAAGCCUAAACAAUUUCAGGGUGGAAGUAUUAAGAAUAUCAGUAUAAGAUGUACUACUUAGUUCAUACACCUUUUGCCUGGGGAUGAAGUGUUUCAAGUAGGAGAAUUUUAUCCUUUUUGAUAGACAGUUUCUGAACUGAACUCAGAAGAAUAUUUCAGAUCUCUCCUAUAUUACAGAAUAGCAUACAUACAUAAACAAUGUUUACUGUUCAGAUAUUUUUGUCUUUAUAUUAUAUUAUCUUACUUAUUCAAGCUAGUCUGUGAUUAAUGGGAUUGGUGUCAGAUGCUGGAAUUUAUUCUGCAAUGAACACAGCUGACUCAAGGGAGUACAAUCUCAUGCCAAGUAAUAGAACGAAACCCAUUAUGCAUAAAACAAAUAGAAGAGUCCAGGCUUGAGUUGAAGGAUGCAACUAUCUGUGUAAUAACAGCAGCAGAAACUAUUUCUCAUGUGGCUGCAUAGGCUGUAUAUUACAUCUAAUCUCGAAUGUAGCUUACUGAUUUGCUUUUUUUAAAACCAAGAUUGGAUAUUUUCCUUUGUAAAGAAAAUAAGACUUAUGAGAUAACGGCUUGAUUAAUGUUUUCAACAAUAUAAAGAAACUUUAAUUAAAAUAAAGUAUUUUUGUUUGAAAUUUAA